GCCGGAUGCAGUGUACAUAACAUCAGUAUACAAUGGAGAGUGAGCGUAAAAGAUUGAAAUAGAACCUCUUGCUUAGUAUACAUAUACUAAAGACGAGGAUACAGAAAUUGGUUGGACUAGGCAAAGUCGCUUAGACCAUAACCGUCUGCCAAGGGAACUCAGAAGACACGAAGGAAGAAGAAGAAGAAGAAGAAUCAAAAUAGAAGAAAAAUAACCUCAAAAAAUAAACAUGAAAAAUCAUUAUGAUAGACAAUAAAUAAAAAAUAAUAUAAUAUAUAGAUCAAAAUCAAAUCAAGUUUAAUUAGAAAAUAAUCAGGUUAUUGAUUGGAAAUGAACAGUUUUCAGUCAAAACAUGUUUUCGUCACUGUCGGAACAACAAAGUUUCCCCAGUUAAUUCAAGCAUUAACUAAACCAAAAGUACUCAAAAUGCUAAAAAAACUGAAUUGCAACUUUAUACAAGUACAGACAGGCAAAGAUUUUGAAGGUAUAGAGUUUCACCCCAAUAUUAAAGCAUCUGUUCGACAGGAAAAUGAUGUGUGGUAUGUAGAACUUCCCAACUACAAUAUUUCCAUAAAAUACAAUGAAUAUUUUGAGAAUUUUCAAGAAGAAAUUGCUAAGUCAAACUUAGUCAUAAGUCAUGCUGGGGCUGGUUCAUGUUUAGAUGUCUUAAGACUAAACAAACCCUUAAUAGUGGUUGUCAAUGAAGAUCUUAUGGAUAACCAUCAAGUCGAACUUGCCAGUCAGUUACAGAAGAAUGGGUAUUUAUAUUAUUGUACAUGUGAUACUUUGGCAAACACUUUAAGAAAAGACUUUUUUGCUCUACAACCCUACCCAAAGCCUGAUGAAACUUUAUUUGCAAGAUAUUUAGAUAAAAGUUGUGGUUUUGCUUGAAUUCUACCAUUAAGGGUGAAAAAGCAUAAUUUAUUAUAGGUUUUCAUUUUGCCUAUCUGAUCAUCCUUAAUUCCUUUAAAUUUGUGCCAGAUAUAGAAAAUAGAAAGUGAGAUAUAUUAUCAUAUUCUGCAUAUAUAAGAUUAAAACUUUAAAAAGUGUAUUUUAUUUUACUCAAACCAAUCAUCUUCUUAGGGCAAAAUUUUCAUAAUUUAUUGUUAGGUUGGUUUUAGGAAUCCACUUUUUAGAAGGGUUUCUGCAAAAGUGGGUCCAUAUGCACCAUUGGUUUCUGUUUGUUUAAACAAUAUAAUUUUUCAAAAAUA